AAGAUUGCGCCUUGUUGGGCGAUUGUUGUUGGAGCGCAGCGCAGUGACAACAGACCCCCUGGCGCGAGUGAUCUAUCGUCGUUGCCGCCAACUGCAACAUCAACCUCGGACAUCCUGACCGACGCCAUGUCGAGCGUAGCCACGCGUGUGUCCUCGUUCUUCAAGAAACUAAGUUCGCGAAGACCAACCUCGCCCACAGAACUUGCCACAGAGUCCCCGACUGGCCCUGCUGACGACAGCAAUAAUGAACCAUCUAUCGUUGACGUCAAAGUUGCUAUACGCCCUUCCGUGUCGUCUUCUCCCUUGGAACCUCUCAAGGAAGCCUGUCCCAGUCCAGCGACCCUGACCUUCGAACGCGUGACGCUGUCCGAGCUGGAAAUGCUGGGAGUGUUGGGCGUGGGCACGUAUGGGGUCGUAAAGCUCGCGCGCCACAAGCCGAGCGGUCGCGCCGUGGCGCUCAAGGUCAUCUCCAAGGAGUUCGUCGUGAGCAAUCGGCAGGAAAAGCACAUUGUCCGCGAACGCUUCGUGCAUCUGCGUCUACGGCAUCCGUUUGUGACCACGCUGUACCAAACCCUUCAGGACGACGACUGCCUCUACCUCGUGCUCGAGUACCUUCCCGGCGGGGAGCUGUUUACGGUCGUCCAUUCCGAUUCCAUGUCGCCUCUCAAGCAACCGCAAGGCGGACUGCCCAUGCCCGCUGUCGUCUUCUACGCCGCCUGCAUCAUCCUUGCCCUUGACUACCUGCAUGUGCAAGGCACGAUCUACCGCGACUUAAAGCUCGAAAACCUCGUGCUCGACGCCCACGGGUACCCCAAGGUGCUCGACUUCGGCUUCGCCAAGCCGGAUGCCGUCAGCCAGCGCAACGGAACCAUGUGUGGCAGCAUCGACUACAUGGCGCCCGAGGUCGUCCGUCGGGAAGGCCACGACCACCGCGCCGACGUCUGGAGCUUCGGCGUCCUUCUCCAUGAGCUAUGUCUAGGCACUACUCCGUUUGCAAGGGCGACGCCGCGCGAUCAGAUGCGCGCCAUCCAAGUUGAUCCAGUCGAGUUUCCCAAUGCAUUUGAAGACCAAUGGCCCGACAUGUGCGACUUGGUCGCGUGUUGUUUGGAGAAGGAUCCUGCGAUGCGGUUUGCAGACAUGGCUGCGAUGAAGUCGCACGCCGUGUUUGAAUGCGUAGACUGGCACGCCCUGUCGCAGAAACAAGCGGUGCCGCCGUUUGUGCCACACCUGCACGGGGCGUUCGACACGUCGCGGUUCGAAUUUGCCCCCGACGACCCGUACGUCGAGCCGUACGACGACGACGGCAACGACUGGGCCAAGGAUUUUUAGCUCUACUCUUGAAAACAUAUCUACUAAUAUACUAAUGAAUUAACAUGCGCACGGGAAAAAGCAUAUUACUC